CCCUCCAUCCUCUCCUCCGUUCUCCCUGAUCGUUUGCCAACCAGUAUGUGACCGAUGGCUCUCAAUCACUUCAACAGAAAGCAGAGGCUGCUUCUGUCCUCUUUCGCCAUCCUAUUUUUCUUCCUUGUCGUCCUCUGUCACUUUCGGUCCGCCCGUGACCCAGGCUCGUUCUUCUUCCAGCCCACCGAAGGCUAUCGCCCGGGAUACAGUCUUCAGCGUAUUAACGAAUCGCUGGAGUGGCUCUCUGCCUUUAAUCGCUCCGAUGCUGCCCCGUCCCGGCCCGUCUCCCAUGUCAGCCCGCCGCGAGAGAAGACUGCCUGUGUAGGCAUCGUCACCGUGAAGCGUCCCCUGCAGCAGGACCUCGACACAACCAUUGCUUCGAUUCUUGAUACCCUUUCACCGGAGCAGCGGGCCGCGCUGACCGUCCAAGUGCUCUUUGCCCUGAGCAAACCCUCCGACCACCCGGACUACAACCAGACAUGGGUAUCAAAUGUCGUUGACCGCGUGCUCACCUACGACGAUGUCGACGCACCUGGGUAUAUCAUAAUGAACUUGGAGAAGAAGAACAACAUAAAGAAGAAAUCUCUGAUUGACUACCGACUCGGGCUACAGGCGUGCUACGACAUGACCGACGCGCCGUGGAUCAUCAUGCUGGAGGACGACGUUGUGGCCCAGCGCGAUUGGUACGAGCAUACUAUGCGCAGCGUUCAACAGGUAGAAGACUGGCGCCGACACGAUACGAUCAGGGACUGGCUAUACCUGCGGCUCUUCUACACGGAGAAGUUCCUCGGCUGGAACUCGGAGAAUUGGCCCAUCUACCUGUCCUGGAGUGUGCUGCUGGUCUCCCUUUGCGCCAGUGCGGGCAUGUACACUCGACGAAAGAUUCGCUCUACGCAGGGCAUUCUCACCAACUCGUUCCUGUUGGUAGUCUGCUUCUUCUGCGUGCCGCUACUGAUCACCCUCUUCUUUCUGGCCGGUCGGGUGACCUGGUACCCGAUGCAGAAUGGGGUGCACGUAAUGAACGCGCACGGCUGCUGCUCGCAGGCCCUUCUCUUCAAUCGCGAGAAUGUUCCAGCCCUCCUGGAGUACUUCGAGCACAUGGAGGACGUGGUCCCCACCAAGGCGGUGGACAGCGUGAUUGAGAUGCAGGCGGGGCGGGCCGAGCUGGACCGACUGGCCAUCUCCCCGUCGCAGAUGCAGCAUGUUGGAGCAGUCUCGUACAAGGAGAAGAAGAAGUCAUGGAAGUGGGAGGGGCCGUAUCGCGUCAAGGGAGCGCAUGGGGUCUGGAGUAUGGGAUUUGAGCAGGCGUACGAGACGGAUAUGGAUCGAUUAUUCCAGAUGGACGGUUCGGCAUGAUUUAUAUACGCUGUAUGCAGCAACGCAUGGCAUGGAUGGGAUGCACUGGUUUAUGAACACGCAUGACUGGGUUAAUGUUUAUGGUAUGGUGUGUAUAUAUAUACAUGAUGGUUUCCUUGGUUUGUUAUUAUAGAGUCACUAUACAAUUGACUGUGUAUAACGAUUGCAUUAUAUUAGAACUAG